GUCACUAAAAUGGCCAAGUCACCAACAAUGACCAUAACCAUAAUGUUCAUAGCUAUCAUUAUUGCUCCAAACACACUUUGCUACUCUAGGAUAACUAAUGGAGGUUACCUCUACCCCCAGUUCUAUGAUCAAUCUUGCCCACAGGCUACUAACAUAGUCCAAAGCCUUGUUGCAAAAGCCGUUGCAAAAGACCCUCGAAUGGCUGCUUCAUUGCUUAGACUCCAUUUCCAUGAUUGUUUCGUUAAGGGAUGUGAUGCAUCAAUAUUGUUAGACAAUGGUGGCGCACGUAAUGUAGUUAGCGAAAAGGGGUCUCUACCAAAUAGCAAUUCGGUUCGUGGAUUUGAAGUCAUUGAUGAUAUCAAAGCUGCACUAGAGACGGCCUGUCCACAGACCGUCUCUUGUGCAGAUAUUCUGGCUCUGGCAGCCAGAGACUCCACAAUGCUGGCUGGGGGACCGAGUUGGGAAGUCCCGGUUGGAAGAAGGGACUCACUAGGUGCAAGUUUGCAUGGGUCUAAUCACAACAUCCCAGCUCCAAAUAGUACUUUUCAAACCAUCCUCACCAAGUUCAAGCUCAAUGGUCUUGACAUUGUCGAUCUUGUAGCACUUUCAGGAAGUCACACCAUUGGAAAUGCUAGGUGCGCCAGCUUCAAGCAAAGGCUAUAUGGAAACACGGGCAACGGGCAACCUAACCAAUUGUUUGCUGCACAACUGCGUGCAAACUGCCCGAGAUCAGGUGGAAAUGACAACUUAUCAUUUUUGGACAAUGUGACACCAAUAAAGUUUGAUAACGAAUACUACAAGAACUUAAUGGACACCAAAGGGGUUUUGAGUUCUGAUCAAAUAUUGUUUAAGGAAAACCAAGAAACAAUGCAGAUUGUGAAAGAAUAUGCUACCAAUGAAGACAUGUUUUUCCAACAGUUUGCCAAGUCAAUGGUCAAAAUGGGGAAUAUUAGUCCAUUGACCGGAUUCAGAGGACAAAUCCGAAAGACUUGUAGGAAUGUCAACGCUUAAUUAAGAUCGCUUUUGCAGUUCGUAUGUCCAAGUGGUGGAAAGUCGAAACUAUUCAUAAUUAAGGUUCUAAUGAGUCUGAAUCUUCUAAUCAAUAAUGCCUAAUAAGUUGUGAAAGAAAUGUCACCUCUUAGAUACAUUUAUCAUGCAUAAUGCGCAGUAUGUUUCUUGUUAUUUAAAGUUUUAUUAGUUGUA